UCCAGAAUCUUGAAUGAGACCAACUAAAUAAAUAAUAACAGAAACACAUUUAAAUAUUUGAGGGCAAGUUGACCAUAAAUAUUUAACAGAGCCAAGUCAUCAAUGGAAGAGAGAGGCAGGUAAAAGACGCUGUUAUUGAACAAGUAAUCAGACGAGGAGAGCUCACUUAAACAAAACAAAACAAAGCCUUGAGAAGUGGUGCAGAGGAAGAUUACUGUGAUGGGGAAUUCAGCAUCAGGGUGGAGAUCUGAAGAGGAAGAAAAAGACGAGAGCCGCGGCAGCCGGCGCAGUCGUCUCAAGAAGAAAAUUUUUAAACGUAGGUCAAGCCAUGGCAGUAGUAAUAGAAGUAAUAAAGGAGAGAAAAAAUUCUUUACCGCUGAUGAUUUUUACGGAAUUGUGCGUUUCCAACUUGUGCAGGCGGAUAUGCAGUUUAGGGACAAAUGGUUUGCUUGCUUUUCCCUUGGGCAACAAACUUUUAGAUCUGCCACUUCAGAUCAGACAGAGAAGCCUGUUUGGAAGUCUGAGAUAAAGGUUGCACUUGAAGCAAAUGGCCCAAGCAUUGCACGGAUUUCUGUCUUUGAGACCAAUAGGCUUCGCAAGAAUAACCUUGUCGGCUACUGUGAAAUCGAUUUAAGUGAUAUUUUCAACAUUGAUGUAGAUCAUUCUUGUGAAACUCACAAAUUAUAUGAUCCAAAUACAACGACCAAAGUUGUAGGCAAUAUCAUGGUUUCCUAUAGUGCUGAGGACCCAGAAGACACAGAAAGAAGUUUUGCACGUCGCCUUCUUUCUAUUGUGGAUUACAAUGAUGAUGGAAAGCUUUCAUUAGCAGAAUUCUCUGAUUUGAUCAAAGCUUUUGGAAAUAAAAUGGCAAGUCACAAGCUCGAAGAAAUUUUUAAGAAAGCAGAUAUUGAUGGUGAUGGUGUAGUCGAUUCAGAGGAACUUGUUAACCUUCUUACCAAUCACGAAGGCAAGGAAAUACUUAUCAACAACUGUCCGGUUUGUGGAGAGGAACUUGGUCUCUCAGACAAUCUAAAUGACAUGAUUCAUGUUAGCCUAUGCUUUGACGAGGGAACUGGAAAUCAGAUUAUGACUGGAGGAUUCUUGACUGAAAAGCAAGCAUCCUAUGGAUGGAUGUUCAAGAUAAGUGAAUGGGCUCACUUCUCUACUUAUGAUGUUGGCCUGAAGUCUGGAUCAGCAGCUUCACAUAUUCUUGUUUUUGACAGAAGAACAAAAAGAUUAGUGGAGGAAGUGAUACAGCGCAAAAUUGUCAUGUCACUAAGGGCUAUUUACCAAUCUAAAUUGGGCCUUACUCUUAUUGACAAAGGUACAAAGGACCUUUUGCAAAGUAUAUCAAAUAAGCAAGGGGAGCGCAUGAACACUAGAGAUUCUGCUAAAGAUAUACCAAAGUUUAUUGACUUUUUUGAGGAUCGCAUAAAUGUUGAUGAAUUUAGAUAUCCUAUAGAGCAUUUCAAGACAUUCAAUGAGUUCUUCAUAAGAGAGCUUAAGCCAGGUUGUCGGCCAGUUGCAUAUGAAGAUAACGACCAUGUUGCUGUAUGUGGUGCUGAUUCUCGACUUAUGGCAUUUAUGUCCCAAGACUACAGUAAACGAUUUUGGAUAAAGGGGAAAAAGUUUUCUGUUCGAGGUCUACUAGGUGAUGAAAUGUAUUCAGAGAAAUUUGAUGAAGGGGCUUUGGUGAUAUUUCGAUUGGCUCCACAGGAUUACCAUCGUUUCCAUAUGCCUAUAAGUGGUGUUGUAGGGAGAUUCAAUGAGAUUCCUGGUCAAUUAUAUACAGUGAACCCUAUAGCUGUAAAUAGUAAAUAUUGCAAUGUAUUUACAGAGAACAAGCGAGUAGUCUGCAUAAUUUCAAGUCAAGAAUUUGGGAAGAUGGCUUUUGUGGCAAUUGGAGCAACAAUGGUGGGUAGCAUCACUUUUACCAAAAAUGAAGGUGAUUUUCUGAAGAAAGGAGAUGAGCUUGGAUAUUUCUCGUUUGGGGGAAGUACUGUUGUUUGUGUUUUCGAGAAGGAUGCAAUAGAUCUGGAUGAAGACCUAGUCUUGAACAGUGAAAGGUCACUCGAGACCCUGGUUUCGGUGGGAAUGAGUUUAGGUGUCUCCAAGAAAAUGUCAGAAGAGCAAGUAGCAAAUACUGUAAGGCCCAGGCGUAAUGAUAGUAUUGCUAUAUUGGACAAUGAAGUUGCUGAAAGAGGAAUCAGAGCAACUACAAGCGGUAAAGUCAUAAAUUAUCAGAUUGGCCUUCCCGAAGAGGUGUGAGGACCAUAUUCUUCAUUUUCAGGAUCUCUAAAAUAAGUAUCUUUUCCGGCACUGCUCUUGCUGUGUCAAAGUUUUGGUGAAGCAUUAAAAAUACUUUUUUUUAGUGUACUAAUUGAAUUUCGAAAAAACAGAUGUGAACACAUCCACAGCAUCAUACAAGUAGCCUGGAAAUUUGUUUUUAAGUUUGCAGAGACAACAAUUGUUUGUAACAUUGCCAAAGCCAGUUUUGUUUCUUGGUAUUUGAAUAUUGUUUUGGAAUAAUAUAAAAUAAAGUAAAUGUCAUUUAUAUUUGUCUUAAUAAUAUUACGAUAAAAAUAUUUGUUGUAA